GAACAACUUCUCUCUAUCAUCGGGAUCUCGAAAUAAUGUACCAGGUGUGAUUUGAAAUACCUUAACAGCAAUAUGUUCCAUCAAACACAGUAAAUUUUAGGAUAUUCAUGGUUUUUAGUUUUUUUCACUUCCACCUCUUACAUCUGUUUCCUAUUUAUCAUCAGUUUCAUGCAACUACUCAUAUCUGUACCCUGCUACUUCGUCAGUUACCUUUUACACCAUGCAUAAGGUGUCCUUGCAGCAUUUGCGUAACGCCAAUAUUAUGAAGUUCUUACACAUAUAUAUUUUUUGUACAGUCAAACAUAUUUCUCGACGACUUUUAAGUAGACUUCUUCCAGUUCUUUAUUCUUUCCUAAAGUUGGUCUGAAGUUCAUACCAAUACCUUUGAGUUCAUCCAAUUAAACGUCAAGUAAUUCGGGUAAAAAGUUAUGUUUUAAAAUUUUUAUUUCGAUGCUUUACACAGGUUUGUAACAUGGCGGAUUGAUUCAACAAGAUAAAGCGGUAGAAAGAUUUUGAGCUGAAUAAAAACUGUAAUUUAAUUUUUUAAUUGAUUUCGGCCAUUUGUUGAAAUAUACGGAAAGGAAAAGAAAGGGUUUACUGAGGAAAUCGAGGAUUAAGAGUGCUAUGUUGAUAAAAGGCUCAUGCUCAUUUUGCAAGCAAUUUUAUAUUUGAUUGUUUUAUGAUAUCCCAAAUUGCAAGCAGGAACUUUUUUUCAAACGUUGUCCAGUUCCCAUUUUGCAAGCAAAAAAACUAACAAAAAGUUUUCUAUUUUGCAGAUAUGAAUAUUCAUUACGGAGAACAAAUAAAAACGGUUCUGAACUAUGGCAAUGUGUAAGAUAAGUUGUUAACCAUGAAUUAGUUAACAUUUUUUUUCAUUUUAGCAACAUUUUUUUCUUUUUUGUUUAGACGUGGAUGUAGAGGUUCAGCAUCAACGUUCAGAGAUGCGCUUCAGUUGAAAUGUAUCCAUAAGUGUGUAGUAACGGACAGACAAGUGAUUACAAAAGAAAUGAAAAAAAGAUGCAUCACAGAAUCCAUUCCUGUAACACAAAUAUAUGAAGAACAGUUGUGUAAAGCUGUGUCGCAAAGCAUGAACAUCAAUAGUAGGUUUAUCACCACCACUAAGCAUAUUUUGUUAUUAAAGACAGGUUCUUCUCUAGACAUGCAUUUUGAUUCAGUAAAAUCAGCAGUAAACUGCCUACCGAUUCAUACAUAACGUUAGUGGAAAAGACGUGGAGUAGUACAUAUUGUUUUGUUAUACUAUACAUUUAUCGUUCUAAUAUAUACAUUUUUUUUGUUAAUUACUUGCUUGCAAAAUGGGAAAAUUUUUGAUAAAAUGUUUGCUUGCAAAAUGGGAAAUGUAGAAGGUGUGAAAACAGUAAUUUGCUUGCAAAAUGGGAAGCAACCUGCUAAAAUUGAGGGAACGAACUUGAGUAACGUACUGCUACAAGAAAGAAGAAAAGAACAAUGUGUAAAUAGAAUUAGGUCAAAUCUAUACAAGUACUAGUUUCUUUCGCUUUUCUGAAGAUUAUUGUGUUAUGGCACAGAUUAAAGACGUGCCACAAGAGAGAAUUGUAUGAUAGGUAUCAUACAUAUAUAUAUGUAUAUUCGUUCUCUUUCUUUCUGUCAGGAAUUUCUCCAGUGUUAGUUGUUAGUUUCUUUAUUUUGUGUGAUCGCUUACAUGUGUCCCCAGUUCCCAGUCUAGCACAUCAACUCUAGAAUAUUCCGCUUUUCGUGUAAACUUUGAUAUAAAUAUACGCCAUUUUUGUGCAAAAGGAUCGUGUUCAGUUUCUAAAUAAACUACUUAUACACAACAACGUAUACCGGAUCUAACAUAUUGUAUUUUAAAUAUAACACGAAAUUUCUCACGCUUUAUUCGGUUGUUAAGAGUGAGACAAGUUUAGGAAUUUCGUUCAUUGGGAGCAAUGAACCUUCAGAAUGUUAUUUCCACUUUGAACCAGUUAGUUGCUACAAGUUUAACCAUUAAUCAACCACCCCCAGUGACAAUGCAGGAGCGUCAAAUGGCGGAACAAUUAGCAGAUACAAUUGCAUUACUUUCAAAAGGUCCAAAAUUUGACUAUUAUGAAGAAAUUACUUUGGACCUCGGAGAAAUGUCGGACGAAGAACAUAGUGCAGAAGAAGAAGAGACAAGCGAAAUAGAGGCAGGGACUGAAGAGGCCGAUCCAGAUUGGCAAGAUAAAGAAAAAGCGAUUGACAAAUAUAAUCUGAAAAAUUAUUCAGAAGACUUUAUGCGUCAGGUUGUUAAUUUUGCCGAUGAAACAAACAGAUUUGGUAAACGUUCCCAUAUAUGCGAAAGUAUUCGCCGUCGAUUUAAAGCAGUUCCAGACCAGAAAUAUAUCUCUGGAUUUCGACGGUAUUUGGAAUACCACGAAACAAAGAGACAGAAGACAUAG